AUGACAAUGAUCUUCUCCAAGCUUGGUCGCUCCGUUUUUCAAUCCUCUCGUUCAAAGGGGUUGGUGUACAGUUGUGGUGUGAGAUCGGCGAGGCUGCUUGCUCCGCCGGCUCUUGAUGCGGCCUCCGCUAAUUCGGCUGAAAGUGGAUUAGGGUUUCUGAAACGGCACUUUGCUUCUUUAGCUGGUCGGAAGUUUCUGAUCAACAAUGAUUUGACUGGUGUUUUAGCUAAUCCAAAACUUCGUCGAUUCUUCUCCGACGAAGCUCCGAAGAAGAAGAAUUAUGAGAACUAUUUCCCUAAAGAUGCAAAGCAAGAACCUAAGAGUGACCAGAAAUCCGAGUCUAAAGAUGGUUCGGAUAAGAAUGAAAGUGAGAACUUGGGAGAUAUGUUCAUGAACCGUUUCCAAAACCUGCUAAUGCCUCUGCUGGCUCUUGCUCUCUUCUUCUCUUCUUUCUCAUUUGGCUCUGGAGACCAGCAACAGAUUAGUUUCCAGGAGUUCAAAAACAAGCUUCUCGAGCCAGGUCUCGUCGACCACAUAGACGUUUCAAACAAAUCAGUAGCCAAAGUCUACGUGAGAAGCACACCGAGAAACCAACAAACAACUGGAGAUUCUCUUAUGCAAGGAGAUGGUAACGGAGUUGCUAAAAGAAGCGGUGGUGGUCAGUACAAGUACUACUUCAACAUCGGUAGCGUCGACUCUUUCGAAGAGAAGCUCGAAGAAGCUCAAGAAGCGUUAGGCGUUGAUCCUCACGAGUUUGUUCCCGUCACCUACGUCUCUGAGAUGGUCUGGUAUCAAGAGAUCAUGAGGUUUGCUCCGACUUUGCUCCUCUUGGGUACUCUCUUCUACGGUGCCAGACGGAUGCAAGGCGGAUUGGGUGUAGGAGGAACCGGUGGCAAGAACGGCCGUGGCAUUUUCAAUAUAGGCAAAGCCACAAUCACAAGAGCUGAUAAAAAUUCCAAGAACAAGAUAUAUUUCAAGGAUGUUGCUGGAUGUGAGGAGGCUAAACAAGAAAUCAUGGAGUUUGUGCAUUUCUUGAAGAACCCUAAAAAGUAUGAAGAUUUCGGUGCUAAGAUGCCGAAAGGUGCGCUUUUAGUCGGUCCUCCUGGAACCGGGAAGACGCUUUUAGCGAAAGCUACCGCAGGGGAAUCAGGCGUUCCGUUCUUGUCCAUCUCCGGUUCAGAUUUCAUGGAGAUGUUCGUUGGUGUUGGACCUUCGAGAGUGAGGAAUCUGUUCCAAGAAGCUAGGCAAUGUGCACCGAGCAUCAUCUUUAUAGACGAGAUCGAUGCGAUAGGUCGUGCAAGAGGACGUGGUGGCUUAGGAGGCAACGAUGAGCGUGAGAGCACUUUGAAUCAGCUGCUUGUUGAGAUGGACGGGUUUGGUACAACCGCUGGAGUUGUGGUUCUUGCGGGGACGAACAGACCGGAUAUUUUGGAUAAAGCUUUGUUGAGGCCCGGAAGGUUUGAUCGUCAGAUAACCAUUGAUAAACCUGAUAUUAAAGGUCGUGACCAGAUCUUUCAGAUUUACUUGAAGAAGAUUAAGCUUGAUCACAAGCCUUCUUAUUACUCUCAGAGGCUUGCUGCUCUCACUCCUGGCUUUGCUGGAGCUGACAUUGCCAAUGUGUGUAACGAGGCGGCUCUUAUUGCAGCUAGACAUGAAGGGUCUACUGUUACUAUGGCGCAUUUUGAGUCUGCUAUUGAUCGUGUUAUUGGUGGUCUUGAGAAGAAGAACCGGGUGAUAAGCAAGUUGGAGCGACGUACGGUUGCUUAUCAUGAGUCUGGUCAUGCUGUUGCUGGGUGGUUCUUGGAGCAUGCUGAGCCAUUGCUGAAGGUGACUAUCGUGCCUCGUGGCACAGCUGCUCUCGGGUUUGCGCAGUACGUUCCGAACGAAAACCUUCUCAUGACCAAAGAACAGCUCUUUGACAUGACUUGCAUGACUCUUGGUGGCCGUGCAGCUGAGCAGGUAUUGAUAGGAAAGAUCUCGACGGGUGCACAAAACGAUCUAGAGAAAGUGACGAAGAUGACGUACGCGCAAGUGGCUGUGUACGGUUUCAGUGACAAGGUUGGUCUGCUCUCGUUUCCGCCGAGGGAUGAUGGCUACGACUUCAACAAACCGUAUAGCAACAAGACCGGUGCGAUCAUAGACGAGGAGGUUAGGGAUUGGGUGAGCAAAGCUUACAAGAAGACGGUGGAGCUGAUCGAGGAGCACAAAGUGAAAGUGGCUGAGAUCGCUGAGCUUUUGCUGGACAAAGAAGUGUUGCAUCAAGAGGAUCUUGUGAAAGUUUUGGGUGAACGUCCGUUUAAGUCUGCUGAGGUGACGAAUUACGACCGGUUCAAGUCCGGGUUCGAGGACAGUGAGAAGGAAGAGUCUGCCGCCACGACGGUUAACCCUGUGGUGGAUGAAGGAGCUCCUCCGCCGCUUGAACCGCAGGUGGUUCCGACUUAG